GCUGGAGAAUGUCGAUUAGCCCUGCUAGCGAUAUCGCCAAGGCAGGAGCUACUGUUCAGGGCUGGAUCUCUCGCCUGGUGAAAAAGCCUGACACAUCUGCUUCACCAGGCGACGAUCAGUCCGGCAACGACCAGGUGGCAAAGUGAGUGUGUACCUUCUUUGCCAUCUGAUGUCGCCUUAGCAAGCGCUGAUCAGCGAUAAUAUCUCUCCAGAACCAUCAAGGACCUUCAGGCAGUCAGCAUUACUCCCACUUCCGGGAAGGAGGACUCGAGGACGAGGGAAAGAGUGCCUCGCAAGAUCACUAUUCUGGGAGAUGCUUAUACUUGUGGACCCUGGAGAUGCCUUGACGAUUUCAUCCAGCGGAAGGAGGUCGCGAAAGGACGGGGCUGCAUAAUUGUGUCUGCCAUUGCUACCAAUGUCUACCAGCGAGUUGCUAUUAAGGCUUACGAACGGAGUCAGAUCAACGAGGGUACUAUUGUCCACAUCCGAAGGGAGGCAUCCCUUAUUAAGGGCUUGAGGUUCUGCACCCUCUUUUGCAAGCCCUUCAGCUGCUGCAUGGAAAAGGGAUUGUGCAUCGUGACAUCAAGCCUGAGAAUCUCUUUAUGUCUAAGGGAAGCGCAAAGCUUGGCGACUUCGGACUCGCCAUCAACCAACGUCUGGAGCCACCAAUGUCGCAGCUUGGUACUCUGGACUACAUGGCCCCGGAAGUUUUCAGAAAGCCAGGAGAUACCAGUGGACGAAGACAAGCGCUUUAUGAUGAAAAGGUUGACAUCUGGGCCUGUGGUGUUCUCGCGUAUGAAGUCGUGACUGGAGAACCACCGUUCAAUGCUGGCAAGAAUGGAAGUCUGACCAAGGAUCUUAUCCAGAGAGCUAGUGUUCCUAUCGCUGGGGUUUGGCCGCAUCCUGUUUCACCAGAGCUUGCGGACUUCAUAAAGCAGGUGGGCAAGUGGUGGUAUAUUGCCUUCGUUUUCAUUUUUCGUCGUUGUCUUAAACACUUUCCUUAAGCAGGCUCUCCAGAAGGACCCCCAUCGUCGGCCAUCAGCUGAGGAUCUCCUUUCUCACCCUUGGAUAAUGAAGCAUCUCCCGACGUCCACUGAGGCUGGGAGUCCUCCUAUAUUGAUUUCAGCUAGCACGUCAACCAAGCACUCAGUUCACCACCCGACACAUGUAUUGGCUGCACCUGCUAAGGCUACGCUUGCCAAGAGCUGCCCUGACUCUGUUUAUUACAGUAAGCCGCCUCAGAAGCAAGUUGCCGCUGCUGGGCUUGCCACUGGUGUGCAAGCAGGCUGUGUUGCUAACUCCGUCAUCAACACGAAGGCCCUUCCAAGUGUGGUCGAAGAGGGUGACACAUGGGAAGAGUGUGAUGACUCAAUGACACGGGAUGGUCUCUCCUCUAUUCCAGAGAAGCCUUCUCUGCCGAAGCUGGAAAAGGAUGGUUCGUUUGAGAGGAUGCUUCAUGCCAGCGGUAUCAAGGCAAAGACGGGACAUGAUGGUACCAGAGACACAGCUGACACGAUCCCAUCAUCUCCACAGUCGCCUGGCACUCCGAGCCCUACGCAUACACCAAAGGGGGUCACAGAGAAAUGGCAGAGCCUGGAGCAUACUGGCAUCAAGAAGUAAGUUCCGUUUGGUUUUGCUAGUUCUCAGCUUUUUAUUGCGCAACUGACUUUCCCCAUUCCAGGUCACUCUUCUCACGUGAGAUGAUGGAACACGCCAAGCCAUACCAGGUUGGCACAGGACCACUCAGUGAUGGUGAUAUGAAAGCUGAAUGGUGCUCCGUCCUGCCAUCUUCGUCACAUUGAACAGAGUCUUACUGGUUGCUGGAAUAAGAGCUGCCACCAUAUGUCUUAGCUGCAUAGUGAAUAAGGUUGGCCAGCUACAACAUAGGUAUGCUGGGUUAUUAAGUGCCCUUGUGACAUGUUGACAUGUUUGCAAAUAAUAUUGGGAAUAAAGUUGAGCAACCAUCGUUUUCAUCGAUAGAGGUGCUGUACUGUGUUCGACUAUGCCGACUUACAAAUUUGGAACAAACAGCAACUUACCACAAGCAAGCGCGGGUUACGGCGUCACAGGCAGCGGCUUCGGCGCUAGCAGCUCGUCUGGUAGUGUUAGUGGGAGAAAUUACCACCACAGCGCAGAAAUUUUGCGUCACGCAACGAAUCUCGGGGCUUGCAGCUUUCCCUGUGUUAGCGUGGAAGCGAUUCCCACUACACCUACUCCGUGCCGCGGAUUGUCGUCGCUAGGAGGUGAACCCUGUUGCUUCCACUUCGGCCGGCAUCGUCGUCAGCAUGACGAUGGGGAUGUUUGGGGGUCGGGGAGUGGGAUUCGGCUUUGGUGCUGGCUGUGGCUUUGGCGUUGGUUGGGGAUUUGGAGGUGCUCCGAUCAACUCACUUGGCAUGGGCAUUGGUGGUGGCUGUGGAGUGGGCCUUGGCAUGGGGUGGGGCUUUGGCUUUGCCUAUGGCGCGCGGUACAUUGAGUCGCGGCCGCGGUUCCAAGGAGUGGACUUUGCGCGACUGAGAGACGUGGUGCACCCCAAGGUGCAGAGUGCAGGACAGGAGCAGGCCAGGGGGGAUGGUGCAAGGGACGAGUGACUGGCUGCUGGAUGGAGUGCCACUUGCUGUUCUCUUCUGCACAAGUGAACGGAUCUGUGCAGGCUGGAUGCUGUGCAAUACGGAUACCAUGCAUUCACCACUUUACCUUGCUUUGCUGGCCUCUCAUGCUAGAGUGGGUUGGGUUUGUACUGGUGUCAACUGGCUGUUCACGCCAUCUACUGUGUUGUAUAUAAGCUUUACAGUCAUGGGAAAGUCC